AUGGUCAACAUCUUCGCUCUUGAAAAUUUUCUUUCAAGUCCUCCUACUACUUCAACUCACCAACCACACUCACCAAAAUCUCCACAUACUCCUGCUUCCAAUCCAAACCCGGAUGCUCAACUGUCCUCUCUCAUAUCUAUGCUAGAAGCUGAAUUAUUCACUCCACCUCCUACAAAUCAACACACCUCAAUUGUUCCUCAUGUUGUCACCUACGCUUCACCUUCUAUAACAAUCCAUCCUGUCACUACCACCUCACCAUUGAAUUCUCCAAAAUCCUAUAAAGAACCUUCUCCUCCAAGAAUUCAACUCACUUCCAUUAAUCACACAGACUCUGAUGAUCUUACCUCUUUGAUAGAAGCCUUCUUCAACAACUCCAUUCAGCUACCUGAACAAACUGGUGUUACAGAUUCAAAUGCUAUGCCUUCUGUUCCACAAUCUGAUCCUUAUGCCUUCCAAGCAAAAUCUCCAAUUUUUUCAUCCCCAAAGGCAGAUGAUGACAACUCUUUCAAUGUUCAAACACUUCUUGCUCCAAGGUAUGACUCAUCACCCCCAAGAAACACCACUCAUAAUUCCAACACCCUUCCUCCAAAUCCCAUUGUAUCCCUCACAUCCUCAAUCUUUAACAAUUUCCCUAGUGUUGGAAAUCGUCCUCCUGUUUAUCCUCGAACCACAACUUCUUCUGAUCCAACUAACCCCCAUCAGGACAUUAUUCUUCGAUCAAUUGCAACUGUACAGAAGCAAGGCAUGGCUUACCAAAAAUUCUGGGUUGAUUACUUCACUGAGCAUGCUUGCCCUCGGUUUCCAGGAAUGCCUCCUCCGGAUCCCUCUCAGAUUCAGUUUCCUAUUUUGCCAUUAUCUUCUGAGGCAACAUCUGAUGAUGAACCAUCUGUUCCUUAG